AUGGAAACGGGCAAAUUAAUUCUGCUUCAGUUAAAGAAACGAGAGACCUCCAGUGGAACAGACACAGUGGAAGGAGGAGCAGGACUGAGGCAUCUGCUGCAGAACUACUACUACGAGAACGAGUCCCGGCUCUACGCUGAGGCUGAGACCCAUAAGAACUGCACCGAGCCAGACACUGAGACCAGCGUCUGCAGGAGACACCAUCACAGCUACCAUCAACAGAUGCAGCUUUAA